AGGCAGCCUGACCUUGGAACGGGGGCCGGGGUCCUGCCGUGGGUCCUUCCGGGGGUGACAUUCAGCCGGCCGCUCGGGAACACGGACUUUCGUCGGGGACCAUGGCCCAGUUUGUCCGCAGUCUGGCUCAGAAGGCCCCGGCCCUGCUGAACGCUGCUGUGACUUACUCGAAGCCUCGAUUGGCCACAUUUUGGCAUUACGCCAGGGUUGAGCUGGUUCCCCCAACCCCUGCUGAGAUCCCUAAAGCUAUUCAGAGCCUGAAAAAAGUAAUCGAAAGUGCUAAAACUGGUAGCUUCAAACAGCUCACAGUUAAGGAAGCUAUGCUGAACGGUUUGGUGGCUACUGAAGUGUGGAUGUGGUUUUAUAUCGGAGAGAUCAUAGGCAAGCGUGGCAUCGUUGGCUAUGAUGUUUGAAGACCAGUCUUUAAUAUCUGAUUCUAUUUGAUUUAUUUGAAUGUUCUUGGACCAUGUGUGGUCAGACUACUAUCUGAAUAAAAUAAGAUCUGUUGAAUA